AUGAAGGCUUACAAUGGUCUGACAGCCACAGCGGCCACAAUUACUCAUUUGAAGCAGGAACUGAUGCACGCCAUAUGGCUCAUCCUUCUUGACGAAGAGUUUAUAGAAUGGAUAUUCAAACAUGGAAAAGAUGUCAAAAGUACAUGCGUCAAAGAUAUUCUUCAAGAUAUCUUGGCUGUCCCAACACAAAAUGCUUUUUCUACCCGUCUCUCACAAUUUGGCUUUAAUUUGCAUUCAAUGUUUGUUCCUGACUUCUUACACAAGUUUGAACUCGGUGUCUGGAAGUCUUUCUUUAUGCAUAUGAUUUGA